UGCAUAUUUGAUGAACGUAGGGAAUUAUCCUUUUCAAUGUUAUUUUAUUUAUCUGAUGAUAAAAUUAAAGAAAACAUUGAUUUUGUUUCAGUUUGAUGCAGAAUCUGCUUCAUCAUUACAGGCUGAUCUUAAGAGCACUUCCACCAGGACCACAUCCUCACACUUUGUUUCUGACAGUGACUCUGAUGUUACUCUAGACCCAGAACUAGAACAGGAACGUUUGACUUUUAACAUAAAAGAGAAAACCACACCCAAAAAAUCACAUUCCUUUUCAGACUCUGAUUCUGAUGUAACACUUUCUCCUGACCUAUUUGAUAGGGAAAGUCCGUUUAACAAUAUGUCAAAUAAUAGUAGAAAUACAAAAAAGGCAUUAAUACAUUCACCGUCAUCUAGUCGAAAAAAUGAUUACAAUGAAAAACAACUACAGAGGCGGCGUAGUAAAACACAUGAAGUCUCUGACUCGGAAGAAGAAGAAUCUGUUAAAACAACUGUACAUGAUGGAAAUAAUCAAAGAACUGUUGAGAAAACUCCAUCUAGUCAGCAAAAAUCUUCAGAGAAGAACAAUAGUUUCCAACACAGAGACAGUUCUGCGCAUAAAAAAGCAAAUUCUAGGGAUCAAGAAAAGGACUCCUCUACACCGUCAAGUUUGAAAAGAAAGCGUACAUUACUUCUAGAUGAAGAACAAUCUACAAGCAAAAGAGAAAAACCUAUAUGUCAGUAUGGUUCAAAAUGUUACAGGAAAAAUCCAUCUCACAGAGAGGAAUUCCAUCAUCCAGUCGACAGUCGUGAUAAACAGAAACCCUCUACAAGUUCAGCUACUCCUCCUCCAGCCAAAAAGGUCAAGGCUGGAGGAUCUUUGGCAGCGAGAGGUCCAGUAACACCAUCUGGUGUGUAUAAGGCUGGACAACCACUUAGCUUCUUCCUUACAAAAGUGCAUGGCAUCGAAAACAAGUACAACAGGUUUUGUACUAUGGAUGUUAAAGAUAUACUGUCUCCAGAAAUGGGAAAUCUGACUGCCUCGUGUCAGUUCAACUACAUGUUUGAGGUUCCCUGGCUGAUGAAACAGUAUCCACAACAGUUCAGAUCUAAGCCUCUGCUGCUUGUCCACGGGUUCAAAGGCGCCAACAAGGCCAGUCUGGAGGCUGAUGGAGCCGCCUACUCCAACAUACGCUUCUGUCAGGCUCGUCUGGAUAUGCCCUAUGGAACACAUCACACAAAGAUGAUGUUCCUGUUGUAUGACAACGGGAUGCGAGUCGUAGUACACACCUCAAAUAUGAUGGAGCAUGACUGGUUCCAAAAAACACAAGGGAUGUGGAUUAGUCCGCUGUUUCCCAAGCUCUCCAAACCCAGCAGUACUCUGGGGGAAUCUCCGACAGGGUUCAAACGUGACCUGCUGGAGUACGUCGGUGCGUACCAGGCCUAUCAGCUGAAGGACUGGAAGGAUCACAUCUUCCACCACGAUAUGUCGUCUGCUAGAGUGUUUAUAGUUGGUUCCUGCCCAGGCAGACAUGCUGGGGACAAGAAGAGCCACUUUGGCCACAUGAGGUUACGCCGUCUGCUCCACGACCAUGGUCCCGAGAAGGAGCUUGUCAGGACCUGGCCAGUCCUUGGUCAGUACUCCAGUGUAGGGACGUUGGGACCGGCCAAGGAGUCGUGGCUGUGUACGGAGUGGCUGCAGUCGCUGGCCACGGUCAAGGGAACCAGUUGUGUACCACUCAUGACAAUUCCACUACAGCUGAUAUUUCCAACAAAAGAUGAUGUUCGGACAAGUUUGGAGGGAUAUCCGGCUGGAGGUUCCAUUCCCUACAGUAUCCAUGUGGCUCGUAAACAGCCGUAUCUUCAUACAUUCCUCCACCAGUGGCGGUCUGAAGGCCGGGGAAGAAGUAGAGCCAUGCCACACAUUAAGACUUACGGACGACCUUCUCCCUCAGGCAAGGAGCUGGCCUGGUUCCUUGUAACUAGUGCCAAUUUGUCAAAGGCAGCAUGGGGAGCGAUGGAGAAGAAGGGAAGCCAGCUGAUGAUACGGUCGUACGAGCUGGGAGUCCUUUUCUUUCCAAAGUUCUUUGAAGUGAAGGGGGCUUUUAGGACUACGAGUGACGUGGACAGUAUUGGUGGUGGUGUAUUUCCACUUCCCUACGAUCUACCAGUAACACGGUACAGUAAAGGAGACAAACCUUGGAUCUGGGAUAUUGCCCACAAGGAGUUGCCAGAUACCAACGGAAAUAUGUGGUGUCCGCCAGGUUCGUGAGGAACCAUGUCCUUGACGACCUGGAUCAGGGAUACUUCCCGCAAGGAACUUCACGUACCAGAUACCAAUGGAAACGUCUGGAUCAGUAUUACAAAGUCUAUUGAAUGUCAAUAAGAAUAUCUGGUGUCCAACAGGUCCAGGUUCAUGAUGAACCAUGUCUCGAACAACCUGGAUCUGGGAUAUGCCAACAAGGAACUAUAGGCACCAGUUACCGAUGGAAAUAUGUGCUGCCUGCCAGGUUCAUGAUAAGCCAUGUCCCAGACAACCUGAAUCUGAGACAAACCUUCAAGGAACUGUCAGACACUAGUACAGUGGUGCUUUCCCAAUUCAUGAUGAUCCAUGUCUUGUAACCUGGGUAUGGGGAAUUGCCAACAAGCAACUGCCUGAUACCAAUGCAAUUUAUGGUGCCUUAAGUUCAAUAGAGUCCAGGACAAAUCGGAGAUGUGUGUUGUGCUU